AUGCUCCCUGACGAGACAGUCAAAGAUGCCGAGCCGGAGCUGCUGGCGGUGCUGGAGACCGACACUACAGCAGUAGACGAGUCGCCAGCGGACACAGCAGAGCUUGGGGUGGCCGACGAGGUCAACGAUCUGGAAAAGCUUGGUCCUGCCGAGAGGGUUGAAGAAGUCGAACCGAAGAUGCGGCUGGAGCUCAAUGUCGACGUGGUAGCAGUGAAAGAACCGCCAGAACUCGUUGCAGACGAACCCAGCCCGCUUGAGCUACUCGAUACCGACCGCGCGGUGGUUGUGGAGCUGUCGGUGGUCAACGAUCCAGAACUUUCCCCUGUCGAGGUGGUGGCCGACAGCGCUGUCGAGAUCUGGCUGAUGGGAGUGACAAUAGGUCUCCCGGUGCUUAUCCCUGCAAGAGGAAGGGUGAUGGUGCUGUGGAGCGAUGUCGCGGAACUCUGCGAGCUCGCUGACGACGAAGAUGCGGAGCCAACGCUGUCUGAAGUCUCGGUGGUUAAUGUACUGCUCGAUGAGUCGGUCAGCGAAGCAUUGCCCGCCCCGGUCGACGCCAGACUUUCCGCGCUGGAGGAUGGGAUCGCUGCUAUGGUCGACGUCGAGAAGGUAGACCUUUCAGAGCUUGAACUCGGUGUCAACGAGGAAGAAGGCAGCUGUCUCGUCGUCGAGCCAGCUGUUUGCGAUGCUUGGGCUGUUGUUGCCGCCGAAGCAGCGCCGGUUGAAAUGGCAGUCGUCGUAGGUAAUAGCGAUGCGUCGCUUGAUGACACGACAAGUGCGGCCUCGCCAUUGUUGUUUGAUGAAGCACUCUCGCUCGACGCUAAAAAGGUAGUCGAGUCGCUGACUGUACCCGCCUGCCUCGGGAACUUCGCUGGUUGCGUCCAGCGCCGUGGUCGAAUGCCGACAGGACCUGCCUCAGCGGCAGCCACAAGCGAGAGAACGCAUAUUAAUAGCGUUGAUGUGCGCAUCUCUCCUGUGCCGUCGGGAGUGGUGCUGCUGGUGAUGUAG